UAGAAGCUCGCCGCAGCAGCAGGUUUUGACCAUUCAAGACACGAAAAGCUAACAGUUUACGAGAGUAAGAUUUUCCUCACAGCACUUAACUCUGAGAUAUAGUAAAGAGUGUUCCCCGCAGUGAUCCCUGAAGGUGAAAUACUCGGCUAUUAUUGUUAAAAUAUCAUGUUUGUCUUUUGAUGCUAACUUGACUAGCUUCGUUUUCCUGGCGGACGCUGCUCAGCUAACAUAACUGUAUGCUAACACCGAAGCAUGAGUUUCCCUGGUCCUGCAUUUCCAUGAGGCUGUUUUAAUAUUCAUUAAAGGUUUCAUAGUUACUGUCAUGAUUCUUCAGAAAAGUCUUUUUCGCUAUAUAUAAAUAAUUUUCAUCCUUUUCUUGUAGCCAUGGCAGCGGAUUGGUUAGGUAGUUUCGUGUCAAUCAACUGUGGGCCAACACUGGGAGUCUAUCAGGGAGAGGUGGUUUCUGUGGACCAGACCAGUCAGACCAUCUCUUUAAGACAACCUUUCCAUAAUGGAGUCAAGUGCCCCGUUCCUGAGGUCACAUUUAGGUGAGUAAACCAAAUCUAACUUGAUCACCAUCUUUUUUUGUACAAGUUAAACUCACCAACAAAAAAAUGUACUAUUGUUAUGUAAUGUAUUUUGCUUUCUGUCUGCAGUGCCAUUGACAUAAAAGAACUGAAGAUAUUAGAGAUCAGAAACGGAAACGCUCGAAACAACUCCUCUGCAUCCGCAAAAGUCAGCAGUGCUCCAGUUGCUGUCCCAAAGGUUGACCCCAGGUCUGUUGAGAAACUAAACUCCCCCCAGCACUGCUCCAAAAGCUACGGAGAGCGUCACCUGGAAGUACCUGGACAGCCAAAAGCAUUUAGACGAAGACACAACUCCUGUAAGUGUGAUGUAGUUACAGCUUAGGCAGAAUUAACACCUCUGAUAGGGCUGGGCGAUAAAACGAUAACCAUAUAUAUUGAAAAUUAAUUUCCCUCAAUAUCAAUAUAAAAUAUGAUCAAUAUGCUUUUUGAUAGUCAGCAUUCUGCCAUGUUUUGGUAGACUCUAAUAGCCACUGAAAAGGGAAGUUGUUCCAGGUCUGCUUCGCGUUGAACCAAUCGUGCUGAAUUCGAACCAAGUAGCAAACAACUGCGUAGUAUCAGGCUGCAGCUAAACGCAGCCAUAGUACUUUAACACGUGAAGCCGACCGCACUGUUGGUGAGAAAAAAAUAAAAUGAGCGCUACCCCUGGCAGAAAUGCAGAUGAAGGCUCAACAGAUGACGACAAUGUCAACAACACUGUCACGAAAAUGUCAGUGGUGUGGAGAUAUUUUGUUUUUUUUAAGGUUGGAUAUGAAGCAGAGUAAUGUGCACUGCAAAUUAUGUCAUAUAUGUUCUCACAAAGUCUGAGAAUACCUCAAAUCUUUUUCACCACCUGAAGCAGUGCAACGCAGCAGAGCACGCACAAUGCCAAAGGUUACAAACCAUUCUGUUUUCUCUAGCGCAACGCCUUACGACAAAACGUCAAAGAGACACAAAGACCUCAUAGAUGCAGUAACUUAUUGUAUUGCAAAAGACAUGCUACCAAUAAGCACUGUUAAUUUUCAUUUUUUUUGAUAUUGUGAUAUAUAUCAAUAUCGACUGAUAUGUAAAAAAUAUAUCUCGAUAAACUUUUUCCCAUAUCGCCCAGCCCUAACCUCGGAUAAUCAAAGUAUCGCCAUUACAUGUGUUUGUUGUGAUUACAGGGUCGUCCAGUAGUCGAGGUGGAAACCAAGUGACCCCGAAGAAGAAUGGAGUGAAGAAUGGUCAGAAGCACAGAGACGACGAGUGUUUUGGGGAUGGCAUGGAGGAAGGGCUGGACACAGACUUUGAUUUUGAGGGAAACUUGGCUCUUUUUGACAAAGCAGCAGUUUUUUCAGAAAUCGACACAACAGAGCGCCGCAAUGGUGCAAGGUCACGUGGGACGCCUCAAGAGCAGACACCCUCCAAAUAUCGUCAUGAUGAAAAUAUUCUGGAGUCAAAACCUGUUGUCUACAGACAGAUUACUGUACCACAGCCUGGGGCUAAGGAAUACUGCACUGGUAAGGUCACAUUGUAAUAUCAUAGAAGAAGUAAGGGCGGAAAGUAAUCUGAAGUAGACACUGACAUUUAUGUUUCCUUUUACUCCAAACAGACUCGGGGCUUGUUGUACCCAGUAUAACCUAUGAACUGCACAAGCGUCUGCUGUCAGUCGCUGAGCGUCAUGGUCUCUCACUUGAGCGAAGACUUGAGAUGACUGGAGUUUGUGCAAGUCAGAUGGCACUUACAUUGCUAGGAGGGCCCAACCGGUAAGACAGUGGUGAUGACAUUAGAUAGUGGUCAACAGAUAUUGUUAUUUCAACAACUAAUACCAAUGCUAAUGACAUAGAAGGUCAGCUGAUGACUGCUAUACUAUUAUUGUUGUUUUAUGAAUUCUAUGAGUCAUGACAGUUUAUUAAAAUCCAUAAUUCCUGGCUCACAACAAUCUAAAAACAUGGUUGUCUUCACCAGUAACAUGUUUGAGAUAGUUUGGCACCAAUUCAUGAAACAGAAAAAGCAGCAGGGUUCUUCUUUAGAUUUCAGAGCAUGGCUGAUAAGUAUGUCAGAUGAAAUUCCAUUAUGCUACACAUCAUAUUUACAGGGCUUGACACUAACCUUUCUCACAAGGAGCACAUGUGGUCCUAAGUUGAAAAAUUAAGGAGCACACAAAGAACUCUAGGGGCACAAUGAAAAUUGAUCAAAUCAUGUGUGUUUUAUUGAUUAUUAUUAUUUGAAAUCAAUUUUAGGUCUUUCAGUCACAUGACAUGGAGGCUGUCGAAGAAAAUGUUCAAAAUUUGCCUUUAAAUUUAACACAGAUAAUUUUUAGGGGACACAUCAGGGAAAUAUAGAGAUGUGUCUUAUUGUCUGACCUUAGUAAUAUAAUUUUAAAUCAAUUUUAGGUCAAUUGGUCGCGUGACAUGAAAGCUAUUGAAGGAAAACAGCCUUUUUUGAGAGCAUCAACCGAUAAUUUAUUGAUGGUCCCUUAUUCAACUCCCAACAUUGACAGCGAGGAUGCCGUGUUGAUUUAACCGCUGCUGUUGCUAUUCCUGCUUAUGGAGAGUGAGAAGACACCCGUAGAGUAGCAGUGAAUGACUGUCGAAUAUCCAACCUAACUUGUGCUCCUAAAUACAUUUUACAAUUCGCACGCAUCUCUUUUUAGUCGUUAAUGGGAGUGAAAUGGUCGCACUGUCAAUCUCUGUAUUUAACACCUGAACUGAGUUUAUCUGUUUUUCUCUCUUGAAGAUUUACUCCAAAAAACUUACACCAGCGCCCCACUGUGGCUCUGCUGUGUGGCCCUCAUGUUCAGGGAGCUCAGGGCAUCAGCUGUGGUCGUCACCUUGCUAAUCAUGAAGUGGAGGUCAUCCUUUUUCUUCCCAAUUUUGUCAAGAUGUUGGAUUCAGUGACCAGUGAGCUUACACUCUUUAACAAAACUGGUGGCAAACAGGUGUCAAGUAUCAAAGGUGGGACUAUUUUUCUUCUUCUUCUUUCAGAUUUUGUAUCAGAGGUGGUUCAAGCGAUAAACAUCAAGUUUCUGAAACUUUUUCUCCUCAGACCUCCCAGACACCCCGGUGGACCUGAUCAUUAACUGCCUGGACUGCCAUGAGAACACAUUCCUGAUGGAUCAGCCUUGGUAUCGAGCAGCUGCAGACUGGGCUAAUCAGAACCGAGCUCCAGUGCUCAGCUUAGACCCUCCUGGCAGCGGACAGGGGCAAGCAGUGGAGGCCAAGUGGUCCCUCUCUCUCUGCCUUCCCCUCCCCUUGGCUGAAGGGGCUGGCAGUAUUUACCUGUGUGACAUCGGUGUCCCUCGCCAAGUGUUCCAGGAAGUGGGAAUUAAGUACCAUUCUCCUUUUGGCUGCAAAUUCGUCAUUCCCUUGCACUCUGCAUAAUGGGACCAGUGGUCAACAUAUGACAGAUUGUAUCUUUCACCCUCCAUGACCAUGUGGGUUUUGGCGCCUUACUGUUUAUCCCAGAGCUUCAGUUAUUUUUCUGUCCAUCCAUUCAGUUUUUAAGCCCUUUAGCAUGUGAACGGGACUUGUUCCUCAUAACGGACGACCACUGUGUGGUACAUUAGUCCUACAUGGAUUAAGUGCUCGAAUCUGAGAGAAAAGAGCUUUACCCACCAUCACAAGCUUCAGCAGUCGUGUAGAUACCAUCGUAUUUACAUUGCGUUCUAUCAUAAUAUUUCAAGGCUACUUGUGAGAAAGGUGUUCAUAAAUACAGUUUAGGUGUCAUGAAUUAUAACACAUCAUUCAAUUUAGAAUGAUUAAGACAAUCUUACCUUAAAUCAGACAUUUCUGAAUGUCUCCAAUCUCCUCUCAUUCCACAUCCUUGAAUGGACCCAUCACAAAAGACCUGCAAACGCAAUAUGAUUACAGUUAUCUUAAAGAGACACAUCCAGCUGUUACUCUUGGUAUCAUUGCUAAUGCCUUGACCUAUAGCUGGCCAAACUCUGUCCAACUCAUAUGUUGCCGUGUCUUUCUAUACAGUAGGCGUGUCAUCCAGCCAACUGUUGAAUAUUUGGCAUUUAUGUGAGACAGCUACACUUUGAAACUGAGCCAGUGUUGAAGCGGGCAGCUGCUAGAGAGAAUCCAGAGACCAGAAGUUGUUAUUCCAUGUUGAAUAAGUUGUGAUGAUAAGGGCUUUGUUAAGAUGACACAGCAUGUAAGUCAAAAAAAAGGUUUACAGACAGUUUAGAGCUGAAGACACAAUGUCCUAUCAGUGCCAAUUUCUUUUCCACUUGAAUUUGUUAAUCAAGGCGAUCUCCAGGUCCGCCCACUCUUCAGUUUUCCUGAAACCUAAAGGGUUAUACAAGAUACUGCAGUUACUGCUAUGAGAAAAUUGAAUCCCUGCAACAAAGGAAAAUACUUGGAGCUCAGAAAAACUCAAGUUCUCAUGGAAAAGAACUUUCAGGGAAUGUUUUUAUCAUUACUUGUUUUUCUCCAAUUGAGUAACCUUUAGAAAGGGGAUAAUCCGAAAUGCAGCUGAUUCAAAGCUGCACAUUGAACAAAAAACUGGAUUGUUGAAUUUUGCUAUUCUUGUCUAAUCAAAGUUUAAUGCUGCCCCCUCUUCCUUUUUUUGGUUUACCAUAAGUACUGUGGAAAACAGGAACAGUGACUUUGAAUGCAGUCUUCAUGUGGAACAGAUGUUGACUGUUCUGGUUUCAUUUUGAUUCUGUUUUGGUUGAAGGACCAUAAUAGACUGUUGAUGGGUUUGGGGCUCAUUCAACUGAAAUUGAAAGGGAAUCAAAAAAAAAAAGAAGAAGAAGAAGAAAAUCACCAGCAAAGUUUUGUCAUGGUUGAAACAUUUUCUCCUGUUUGCUGCCAAUAUUACAGUAUUUCCAGAAAAGUUGCUGUGAAAAUUACACUUGCAGAAGUUUUGUGCCAUGUAUGAUGUAGCUAAUACCUGAGAUUUAAAAGUCAUCAGUGCAGUACACUGAAUGGCCGCAUGGGAUUUGUAGUGCAUUCACUGAAAACCACUGGUAUGGUCCUUUUAAAUGUCAAAUCACAUGACAGAGUUUUAAACAUACAGGUUUGAAUGUCAACUGCUUUUUUCCCCCUUUUUUUCAAGCUUUGGUCAGUUUGAGAACAACUUGAUUGUCAGACUGUUGAUGCUCUGUCUCAUUUGCACUGAGCGCUCUCUAUAAUUCAUUUAGAUUGGGCCUUUGUUGUGUAGUAAGUCUGUUUGUGUCCUCAGCCAUGGGACUCUAAAGCACAGACUGUGAAUCCAGCUUAAGAAAAGCUUUGUGUGUGGAAGGUGUCAGUAUUUCUGCUGCCUAUGUUUUAUGUGACAAGAGAAGAUGCUAGAAAGAGAGAAGAUGAAGAUAUUCCAGCGUAGAAUUAAUUUAGGGUCAAACGCACCGUAACACCGAGUUAGACACCCCUUCGA